AUGCUAGAACCAAUCUGUUACGCACUCUUGCAUUUUGACAAAUAUUGCAAGUUGAUUCGUAGUACAGUCGAUGAGGAAUUUUAUGACAAAACUGGUGAUUUCCGCAUUCGUCCUGAUAUUGACCCAGAAUUACUGCGGAUCAGUGAUGAAAUGGCUGCAUUGGAAAAGAAAGCUGAGAAAGCUCGGGGAAAUCUUGCUGCCAAACUAAACCUUGAUUCCAUCAAACUCGACUCGAAUGGUCAACUUGGAUUUUUCUAUAGGGUUACGCUAAAGGAAGAGAAGAAUAUUCGGAAAGCGAAGUUUAUCACGGUCCUAAAUACAAGCAAAGGUUCUGGUGUCCACUUCCGUGAUGGUGACUUAGGCGAGAUCAAUGAGCGCCAUCAAGUGCUGAACAACAUAUAUCGAACUGCUCAGCAAGAUUUGGAGAAGAAAGUGAUCGCUACCUGUGGUCAGUCAAUUUUUCAUUCAGUAGCUUAG